UUACUUGUUUAAAGCUGAUACAGAACAACAAUUAUACUUCUGAAAAAUAGAAUUCAUCGAAGGAAGAAUGACUAAGAAGAAAUCCAAGUAUAGGAAAUAUCUUUCUAAACACAGUGAGUAAUAUAUUGAUAACAU